GCGAGCAGCUCCACAAGAUGGCGAGCGCGGGCUGCCGCGCCCGGCCCAAGAUGGCGGCGGGCGGCGCCGGGGAGCGAGGCCGCUCGGAGCCCCGGCGGGUUCCCGGGCGCCAUGGGCAGGGGGCUCUGGAGAGCGGGUGCCCGAAAACCGCCGCUGCUCAGCCCGCGGGGGAAGCGCCGCCGCCCGCCUGCAGCCGCCGGCCGAGCUCGUGUUCUUCAUGCGAAGUGUCUGACAGACGACCCCCUAAGAGGCUAAAGUGUGAAAAAAAUAGUCUAGUAAACUCAGAACUAGAAGGUCUUGCAUGUGGAAGUGAAAACCUUGCUGCACUGGGGGAAACACCUCGAACACCUGAGGGGGAUCAACGCUCAGAAGAUCCAGGAGAGCACAAUGUAAUUCAACGGGGAAGAGGUGGAAGCGUUCCAGAGGCGAAGGGAGGCAAGCAGGAGAAGGAAGGCGAUGUGUCUGCGGAGCCGCACGCAGUGACAUGCGGCAGCGCCGCGUCAGGAACGCACGGCGAUGGCGAUGCGCCCGAUCCCGCGGGCAGCGAGGAGGAGGACGGCGGCUGCAGCGCGCGCUCCGACGGCUCCGGCUCGGACGCUGAUGUCCCGAGGGAGCCCGCGCAGCCGGACAACAGCGCAUUCCUGGACGAAGACAGCAACCAGCCCAUGCCGGUGCACCGCUUCUUCGGGGACGGCGAGUUCCUCAAGGAUCUGCCCGCAGCUGCGCUCCCAAGAACAAGGAUGAGCAGGCGAGAAUUCAGAAAGCUGCAUUUCAUCGCAAAGGAAGACGAGGAGGAGGAGGAAGAGGAUGUUGUCUAACAACAAACUGUAAAUAAAUGAAACCUUUUUUCUUUGCAAGCACAUAAUGACGCUUGGCUGUGUCACUAACAUAAGGUGUCUGCGUUUGCCUUUUCUUGAGAGGAAAACUGGUAGAGUUUGUUUCUCUGGAGUCGGCAGAUACAGAAUUCUCCCACCAUUAGCUGGGGCAGAUAGUGACUGAAUUUUCAGCUAUUUGGAAAAAAAUUGUAGUUUAUCAUUUUACCACUGAUAUUUAGGAAGAGCCUCAGGGCGUGUCACGCUGUCAGUGUGAGUUCAGCACUGUUAAUCUCUGCAAGCGCAGGACGUUUUUAUUGCGCAUCAGUUCUCUGAACAACCCCCGUGACACCGGGCGCGUCCCCGGCCGCCAGCGCAGCCCUGGGCGCCGCUUUGGAACAGCUGCGUCAUGCAGCCUGUGCAGGACUUUCUGUUCACUUCUAAGGGGUGUGAAUAGGAACUUCAUAAACAAAUACGCAGGUGGUGAUAAGGGAGGAAGGAAAGCUGUCGGCGCUGGCCUGGGGAGAUGAACGGGUAUCGAUAGCUGGGGACAUGGGUCAGUCCACCAAGCUGGUUAUUCUGGCUGGCGCUUCUAGAAAAUGCUGAGCAGCCUCAGAUGACUUCAGGAACUGUUAACUCACCCAGUGUUUAUGAUAAUACUUCUUUGAAAGUGUGAUUAUGCAAUAAGCUUCCAGAUCUUUAUUGUUAUAAAUAGUUUUUUCUAUGUUUCUAAAAAUAUAGAGAAAAUGUUAUCAGCAGAUGGUUUAAAUAAAUAUUAAUUUCUACAGCUAUAGGCUGUUAAACAUUCAGAAGUUGUAAGCCAAACGAAUUGUAUAUGCAUGACAUGUUAAUACAUUCACAUUUCCACUCCAGCUGAUGCAUUGUUUCUGUCAACGAUAUUUCUUGGCUCCUUUUCACUCUAAUCUCGUAACACAGAAAAACCAGAUUUUUUAAUAGCAUAUUCAUGGUUUUCAGCACAUCUCCAUCUUGAAGCAGCUCUCCCAGCUUUCCUUCAAUGCCGUACUUGCUACUGUCUCUUUCUAGCAAAUACGUCUUGGCACACACACGUUCCUUGUGGUUUCAGCACUGUGUAAGAUGGUUGGUAUGGGUGUGCCAGGCAGACCACGCUGUGUUUGUCAUCACAACCUUCGUGGUGCUGCCUUCCCCAACGCCCAAACAGCGCAGUUUCCACCUCGGUGACGGUGACGCAAUCUGGAGGGAUCAGUCCAGUGCUCUGCUAUUAGAAAUCCUGUCUUUAAAAUGCACCUGCUCACGUUUCGUAUUGAAAUGUCUGGGAUGGGGAUUUGGUUUGUUGUUUGAAGUGCAUCAGUACUCUGUGGUAACGCUCGCGCGCUUCGCAGCCGUGGUGGGUUCGGCUCGCCCAGCAGCGCUGCGGCACCGCGGUUCCGCGCGGGGUGGAACGGGGGCAGCGCCGUGCGGCACGACCGAGCUCUUCCCACAGCCCAGCUACUGACACGGCAGCGAGCAGCUCACCCUCCCUUCACAAACACGUUUCCCUGCGCUCAGUCUGGCCUGUAUCGGCCACACCGUAUUGCACCGACGAACCACUCCUGCAUCGCUGCCUCCACACACACACACACACAAAGAUGGUGCUAAUUUUUUUAUUUAAAAAAAAAUCACAUAAUUUACACUGAUAGUCACUAAAAGUUCAGUUUCUAUCGGCUGAUAUUUAAAAAGAAAUCAAGUAAAAACUGAUCUGUUUGCAUUUUGUUACCUGAGGUAGAAGUGUUUUGCAGAGCAAUAUUCUCUAAAGCACCAAGUAAACAUGAUCAUUAUACGGUAACUUGGCUUGUAUUUCUUAAGCAAACUCAAGCGAAAGAGGCAGAAGCUCUCUGAAAGGAGAGGGAAAGCACCGGGGAAGCUGGCAGAGAGCAAAGGUGGUAAAGCAAAGACGUGCCACGGCCCGGCCUCCCUGCCGGGAGACGCGCACCCAACGCAGCACCAAGAAACCGGAAUCCGCAAGUCCCCUGGGGUCAGUUUUUAAGAAAUGUCUGAGUUUCAUUUCUCUGUACUGUGAGAUUUGGACCUACAUUCCUCACGGCAAGAAAGCGAUCACAGGGCGUGACGGGCGGCUCCGGCCUCAUCUCUGCGCUGGCUCCAGCUGUGUUUCCCGGCGCUGCGCAGUGCGAUCGGCUGCGGUCAGCGGGGGGGCGGGACAGCAGAACGGGGAGCCACACAAGCACACGCUUUGUGAGGCUGCACUUGAAUUACUUAGCAAGUCUCUUUUGCCAGGGACUCCUAAAUCAGUUUUUGUUUAACAAACUAGAGCUAUUUAAGAAUCAUACCACGUGAUGUUAGUUUUAAAAAAGCACAAGUCACUUCAGAGGUAGCACUAUAAAAUCUUGUGGUUUUGCUUCCUUUCUCUGUAAAUUUUAGUUUUGUCACAGCUGAGAUUAUGAUUGGUUUUCUUAUGGCAAGCAAUAUGUACAAGUUUUAAAUUCUCCACGGUAAACAGCAGCUGAUAGAAGUACUCCCAGUUCACCUCCCUUCCAGCUCGUGUUUUGACAGCUUCUGCCAGCUCUGGGAUGACAGCACGUUUCUUCUCUAUUCUUCAGUACACAAAAGAGAAAACAAUAUUGCCAUCAAAAGGCUUUUUCGUAAUAAUCAAGUCUCUAUCUUCCUUUUAGGCAGAAUUUGAAUCCUUUCACCAUAACUAGGUUUAGGAGGAAAUCAGUUCAGCAUAUUAUGUUUGCUUCCCAAAUGCACAAUGCCUGAAAACGGGUCUGAGGGGUUUUGUCAGAGUCUCCACAAAGGAUUAACGCGAGGACGGGUGCGCUUCCGCACUAAGAAAACCCGAACAGAGGCAAAGCAGGAAUGAGGGACAACACUGAGAUCUGUCUUCAGGACGCCUCGCCUGCCUAAGAGGAGCACGGAACAGGUAGGUCUGGAUUAAUACUUGAUACGUACACGUGAUCGAGAUUCCAGGUGCUGAAGAGGAUUCUGCUUUCCCUGUUGCUGUAGGGGUUGAUGGAAUGCUUGCACGGGCAGUCAGCGCUGUCGAAAGGCCCCUGUAAAACACGACGGCUGCAGUGAGGGUACAACGCUCGUCACCAGCGCAGCCCUUCUGCUGGCCCUCACCACGGGCAGCUGUGACACUGCCGCCCUGCCAGACCCGAUCCCACGCCACACACAGCCCGUAACUGCCUCCUUCCCUCGUGCUGCCGCCAGCCCCGCUGCUGCCGCCGCACCACGGCCGUCCGGCACCGACCUGGCAGGAGAACCAGCCCUCCGCCGUGCACAGCCGCGCCGCCGCCGCCUCCCUCCUGUCAAAGUAGCACCCGUUGUACUUCACAGACUUCAGCUUGUCUGACAUCAGGUCCGUUAUCCCUUUAUAUGCGUCUCUUGCUGUAGGAUCAACAUGUGAAAUAAAACUGCUAACCUAGGAGGGAGGGAAAACAACCCCAAUCAUUCCUCGGUGCCUAUAGCAGCCUGAGGCUCUUUUCUACAACCAACGUUGCACUGUAAAAGCAUUUUAUAUAUAUGCGGGCAAAGAAUUAUUUUUACUAGAAGCUUGAAAAUAAGUUACUUCAACAGAAACUUUUACCUCUUUCAUGUAGCCUCGUAUUCUGCUUUCGCAACUGUAUCGCAGGUAGCUCGAUUUGUUCUUAAAACGAGACUGGAGACCUAAAGGCAGUUAGAUUGUGUUUUAACUUGGUGUUUCAGUGCUCCGCUUCUGCCCAGCUGGGGGUCCAGCCCUUCUUUGCACAAGCUCAGCAUGCACAGAUUAUUUUUCUUUCUCCCUUCUAUUUCACUGGUUCAACACUACCCUGCUCUUAGCACUCAAAAGGAUGAUGCAGAGCGUCUGCUUUGAGAGCAGUAGCUGGUAUUAGAGCUGUUAAAUGUUUCUCAUUAAUGUGCAUACACAGAACACCGAGGGAUUGUGAAAACAAAACCAAAUUUUUCAGGAGGAACUGAAACGAUGACUUAGGAAUGGGAGGCGGAACUUGCAAAGAGAGUAUAAAGAAAAUGUAACGAUUAGCUGGCUGAUGCAUGUAAAUGAUCAAUAUAUGAUUAGCAAACUGUUAAAAGAUUGUAAAUGCAGGCCUAUGUUAAUGGAGAAAAAUGUAUUCUGGAGCAAGCUUGGAUACAACAAUAGGGAACACUGCUUUUGUUACUGUUUUCUGAUAGUAAAUACACAUCUAUUCAAAAGAAACUUACAA